CGCGUCCCCUCUCAUUCGCCUGUCGGUGUGUGCGCGCUGGCAGCAACAUCGCGGCGGCUUGUGGGCGGCACACAGUUGUGGAACAGACAGAGACUGACACACACACACACACACACACAGACAGACCCUGUGCCCGAGUCCCAGCCCAGUUCACACAGACAGUCUCUGGCGGUAAGAUGCGCCACUAUAACUCUGGCAGCUGCCAUGGUCCGCGCUAACGCGCAGUGCAGCGGGAACUCGUACAGCGGGAAGUACAGAUAGCAGUUUGGGGUUUGGAGCCAGCGCACAUACAUUAGCAGCACUAGUCCUUGCCUGUCUGCCUGUCUGCCUGCCGCAGCGACCCGCACCGACCCGCAACACAGCAGAGCAGCCAUGGCGACGUUGAUCAAAAGUAAACUGUCCAACGUGGCCACAUCGGUGUCGAACAAGUCUCAGGCGAAGGUGAGCGGAGUGUUUGCCCGCUUGGGCUUCCAGGCCGCUACCAACGAGGAGGCGGUGGGCUUCGCUCAAUGCGACGACCUAGACUACCAGUAUCGGCAGGGGCUGCAGAUGGACAUCUUGAAGAGCGACGAAGAGUCCGGACAAGCGGGGGACGUGGGCCUCGGCGACAGCCACUAUCAGCGGGACGGGGCCGGAGCUGCGGCCGGAGCAGCGGACGGAGCCGGGGUGGGUCUGCCCUUGUCCGUCUCCAAGGGCACCGAGCCGUGCACCGAGCUGGCGGCCCAGGACAAGCCCAAGAUCACGGCGUGGGAAGCGGGCUGGAAUGUGACCAACGCCAUCCAGGGUAUGUUCGUUCUGGGCCUGCCCUAUGCUAUCCUUCACGGAGGCUAUCUAGGAUUAUUUUUGAUAAUUUUCGCUGCUGUGGUAUGCUGCUAUACGGGGAAGAUUCUGAUCGCCUGCCUGUACGAGGAGAACGAGGAUGGCGUGUUGGUCAGGGUGCGGGACUCGUAUGUGGACGUGGCCAAUGCUUGCUGCGCUCCCCGCUUCCCCAGGCUGGGCGGCAGAGUGGUGAAUGUGGCUCAGAUCAUCGAGCUGAUCAUGACUUGUGUGUUAUACGUGGUUGUAAGCGGCAAUCUGAUGUACAACAGUUUUCCCAACCUCCCCAUCUCCCAAAAAUCCUGGUCUAUCCUGGCCACGGCCGUGCUGCUGCCGUGUGCCUUCCUGAAAAACCUGAAGGCCGUGUCCAAGUUCAGUUUACUCUGCACUCUGGCCCAUUUUGUCAUCAACGUCCUGGUCAUCGCCUACUGCCUGUCCAGAGCCCGCGACUGGGCCUGGGACAAAGUCAGAUUCUACAUCGACGUGAAGAAGUUCCCGAUCUCCAUAGGCAUCAUCGUCUUCAGCUACACCUCACAAAUCUUCCUGCCGUCGUUGGAGGGCAAUAUGAAGAGUCCCAAGGAGUUCCACAGCGUGAUGAACUGGACUCAUAUCGCCGCCUGCAUCCUCAAGGGGCUGUUUGCCCUGGUUGCAUUCCUAACCUGGGCAGACGCGACCAAGGAGGUGAUCACAGACAACCUGCCGUCCACUAUCCGAGCCGUGGUCAACAUCUUCCUGGUGUCCAAGGCGCUCCUCUCCUACCCACUCCCCUUCUUCGCCGCUGUUGAGGUGUUAGAGAAGUCCUUUUUCCAGGAGGGUCGGAUUGCAAUGUUUACUAAUUGCUACGGGUCCGACGGUAAGAUCAAGUCGUGGGGUUUGGCGCUAAGGUGCGUGUUGGUGGUUCUCACCUUGUUAAUGGCCAUGUACAUUCCACACUUCGCCUUGCUCAUGGGCCUAACCGGUAGCCUGACUGGUGCGGGUCUUUGCUUCCUGCUGCCCAGCUUGUUCCACCUCAAGCUGCAGUGGCGGCAGCUUCAAUGGCAUCAUGUCUUUUUCGAUGUGUCCAUCUUUGUCAUAGGUUCUAUCUGCAGUGUGUCCGGUUUUAUCCAUUCCCUAGAAGGCCUGAUCGAGGUGUAUGACACCAACACAAGCGAUUGAUGAUUUACGCGGGCAUGUGUUUCUACUAGAUAGACCUACACAACAUUUCAGAUAGUCGCCCAUUGUUUUUAUUUUGUGCAAAGCCUCAAAAAAAUAUGUUACUUGAAAUGGUCAGAUGUGACGUGACUGUGAAGAAAGCCGACAAUUAGUGGAUCACCGCAUUGCGGCAAUCCCAGCUCUCCUAAACCUACGUGAUCUCAUUGGAGAUGGCAGGCCGGCCUCCGAGAUACUUCCAGAACAUUCCCCACACGCAGGGGGUGAGGGGGGGG